AGACUAUUGAAAUCAGUCAAUAAUAGUUCAUGUCAAAUGCUGCUAACACUCACCCCAGCAAAUCUGAAGGGUGUUCAAGGAUACUUUAACAGCCAAAUUAUGUUACGUUGAGUGUUUGUUUGCAUGUUUUGUACGAUAAAUCCAGGUGUUUAAAAAAAAAAAAAAAACAUUCUUACAUCAUACAAAACAGAACGCAGGUAUUAACGAGAAAAUAAAUGGUAAAUCCAGGUGGUGUUUCGUUCCUAUGGCAUAGGGAUGACAUGACACUCCCUACAACUUGGUAAGUACUUAGCUCUAUCCAACGAAAAUUAUGGAAUGAAACUAUUUAUUUUCAUAUUUCCAUUCAAGUGUGUUUCUGUAUCUACUUGUAGUUUCGAACCACUCCAAGCCAGAAGAGGGCGCUACAGGUUCAGAUUGCCACUCUUCCCACGGUCCCGCCAGUCACUUCUGAUUUGCUGUAGUAUUGUGAUAUGAAACCAAGAUGGCGUCUACGGAAAGCUAGUUACAUUUGUAGACACAUUUAUAUUUAACGCAUAAUGUUUUUUUAAAUUUAGUUUGUUAUAUGCCAGUACUAAAUGAACAAUACAUUCUGACAGAUUGGGCCGAGAGUGGUGUUGCUAAAAAAUGGAGGGCUAGCUAGCAUGAUAGCAGUUGCAUCUAGCUAGUACGCGACCAGUUUAGUACGGCAAUGACUUGUGAAUCGAAUAGCUAACUUGCUGUAUUAGCUCCUCUAAAAGCAUGACGGAGGCUCCGAGUGAGGACGAACUGCGGCCGGUGCCACGUGAGCGGGCGAUUCUGGAGAGUUUCUUCACGCAGCUCGGAAUGUUCUCGUUCGACCGGGCGAAGGACUAUGUGGAGAAAGAGAAGGACAGCAGCAAGAGCGCAGGGGCCAUUUGGGCCGCUCUCCUCGCCGCCUUCGCACACCUUUCCGCAGCGGAGAAGGCCUAUCACAACAUGACGUUCCUGGGACAAAAGCUGGGCGGCCAGUCGUUCUUCAGCCGCAAGGACUCCAUCCGCACCAUCUACACCUCCCUGUUCAACGCGCUGAGGAAGGUGGUGACCAUGGGGCGCCACGCCCAGCCAGGCUCCCCUCCCUACCUGGAGGACCUGCUGUCUCACCUGUCGGAGCAGCUGUGCCACUUCACCCAGGCCCGCAUGGAGAUGGCUGACCUGUACGAGAAGAUGCAUGCGCUGGGCAGCCAGAAGAACAUCAACUCUGAGGAGCUGGUCGCAACCCUCGAGGCGGUGGUGCAGAAAUACAGCUCCAGAUUCCACCACCCCAUCCUGGGCCGCUUGGAGGGGGGCUUCCAGACAGAGGUGGAUGUGGUGACACAGCUCCUGCGCUGCCAGGCCCAGGUGUCAGAGUGGCACUUCCUGCCCGCCCUGCUCAGCCUGCAUGGGGCUAGCUCUAAGCUGACCGCCUGGGGACAGCUCUUCCAGCGCCAGAGGGAGACCCGCAAGCACCUGUUCGGAGGCCAGUCCCAGAAAGCCGUGCAGCCGCCCCACCUGUACGUGUGGCUGCAGGGCUUCCAGGGGGCGCUCCUUGCUAAGUUCAGCUUCUACUUCCAUGAGGCGCUGAGCCGCCAGACGGUGUCCACAGACAUGAAGGCCCUGACGGCACGCACGGCUCCUGAUUACCACGGCAAGAUCUGUUCGUUUAUCCGCAAACACGAUGCCAACAACGUGUCGCUGGUGUUCGACAACCGCGGCUUGGACAGCUUCCAGGGCCACGGCUACCACCACCCGCACUCGUACCGCGAGGCGCCCAAGGGGGUGGAGCAGUUCCCCGCCGUGGUGUCCCUUCCCGGGGGUGAGCGGCCGCUCACGCACUGGCCCAACGUCAUCAUGAUGAUGGGCGACUUCGAGGCGGAGCUCAACACGCCGGACAAGGUGGUACACUUCUAUGACGACAAAGUCCAGAGCACUUACUACCUGACCCGACCGGAAUCACACUUCACCCUGGUGGUCAUCUUCGACGGUAGGAAGUCCGAGAAGGACUCGCACAUCACCGCCUUCCUGCAGGAGAUCUCUGGCUCACUGAGGAACUCCAAACCAUUCAGCACCCUCAAACCUGGCUCCAAGGGCUGAGAGAGAGAUGCCCUACUUCAUAUACAUCAUAAACUGACUGUGUCCCCAUAAGGGGUAGAUGGGUGUGUGCGUGUAACUUUAUAACAGAGAGACCAGGCAUUGUUCCAUAGACAGGAUGAACAAGUUGUCUAAUCAUUAGGAAAGCUUCCAGUGACAUUGUUGCAACAUUCUGAUUGGUUUUAGCUUCUUAAUAUGGGCGGCCAGGAUCUUUUGCUUUACUACUUGAAAUAUAAUUAGAACCUCAACGUUGGCUUGUUUUAAUUCAGAGAAUGGCUUCAAUCCGUGGUCCAACUGCUUGUUCUGUUGAGCAUCAUGAUUGGAAUCUUUUAGUUUGUUUUGUAAAAUCAGUUCUAGACCAAAAGAGAUGCGUCACUGACGCAGUGUGGCCUUCUCACAGUGAACUGACUGAGACAUUUAACCUGAUUCUAUUCCAAUCACAGGCCAGACAACUUCCUACCCGUCAGAGAUAUAAUGGUGCAAUGUACUGAAAAAGCCUUUGCUUAAUAUGUAUACUUGUUAACAUUGAUGUUUGUUUACCGUCAACAGAAGUGCUUAAUUUGUUUAGUUUUUUCCUCGUAUGUCAUCCUCUAUUUAGUUGUACUUAUCUGUUUAAUUCCCAAAUGACUGUAGAGAAAAAAAAGCUUAAUGUGUGUGUAAGAGGUGAUUUUCACACUUUUCGGGAAGCUUCUUAAGACUGAGGGUUCAGACGGCCAACUGUAGCACAUCUCCAUCCCGGCCCCACACCCAGCAGGUGAUAAACAAGGCAAUAAUGAAGGAUCGACUAUGCAAAACGCACUUGUUAAUUUCUUCCCUUUUUUUUAUUUAUAAUAUAAAUACAACAUCGAUACUA